AUGGCUCCUUCUGGAUCGCGCAGUUCUUCUUCAUGUGCAAAUGUGGAGGUGGAGGAAGCCGUCGAAUACGUGCAGAAUGUCAAGGAUACUUUGAGAUUGAUGAAUGACGAAGGAACUUUUCAAAAGUUCCUGAAGAUCAUGGACGGCUUCAAGAAAGGACAGUUGGAUAUCACCGAUGUUAUAGUACGGGUCAAGUCUAUCUUCAGUCACUAUCCUCAUUUGAUUCUUGGGUUCAGAAGAUUCCUUCCGGAAAGUACUCAAUUUCUGAUCAGUGUGGCAGCAGCACCUGCAGCCUGA